AUGUCCAAGUACGUGGAGCUGCUGGACAUGGGCGUGCGCAUCGCCGCCAGGUUCCACUCCCACUGCCCGCAGACGGCGCGCAUGUACUACAAGCCGCCGCAGUCCACCUCCUCGUCGUCAUCGGGCGCCGCCGAGGCCGCCACGACGGAUCGGAGGGCAGCCGGCUUUGACGGUGGCGAGGACGUGGCGGCUGGCUUCCGGCCCUUCGCAGCCUCGGGAGCUCUCGGCGCCGGCGUCGUCCAGCCGCGGUUCGGCUUCGACACCGCGCAGGUCGUCAUCUACGAGGUCGUAUGA